AUGGCUACUUGUAAGAAUGGUACAAUACAGUUCCGCCUUCUGUCCCUCCGUCAUGCUAGGAAGGAAGAGGAAUUGAAAAUUGUGGUCUUGGGAGGAGAAGGAGUAGGAAAGAGCACACUGAUAUCUCAGUUUCUUGAUGGUGAGUUUCUUGAAAAAUACAAAGGCACUUUUGAGACCAUAUACACACGACAAUUUAAAGACAGGGGCGUGCGAAUCAGUUUGGAAAUUGUGGAUAUCACAAGAGGUGACUCUGUGCCUUCUUUGAGGCAAAUGGCCAUUGAGGACGGAGAAGCUUUCAUAUUGAUGUAUUCCGUUGUGGACAAAGAUUCAUUUGAGGAACUGUACAAAUUCAGGGAUCUUAUUCUGGAGCUGAAAGGUGAGCAGAAACUUCCAAUAUUUAUUAUAGCCAAUAAGGUGGACAUGAAUGCCGAAAGGAAGACUCCCAUAUGGCAAGUCGCCGAUGCUGUGGCCACCAUUGACCUGGAACAUAUGUACAUGGAAGUAUCGGCGGUAGACAAGGAACAAGUUGACAGGCUAUUUCGUCAGCUGAUCAGACAGGCGUGCAUUGUUUACAAGGACAAAUUUAAGCAGCCAUCCCGAAGGAUGACCCUUCCAACAACUCUGUUGACCAGCAUCAAAAGAAAAGUGUCAGCUAAAUAA